AUGACCGUCACCUAUUCACUCGACGUCGCUUCAUCUUCAUUUUUUUGCUUGUAUCGCCUGCUUUUUCGAUGGAAGGGAUCGAUUUGGAAAUCAAUAUGGGCCGAAUUGCUCGUUUGGCUCAUUCUCUACGCGAUUCUUAGCGUCAUUUAUCGAACUUGCUUGACGAAUGCGCAAAAAGUAGUAUUCGAGGAUAUAUGCAUAUUUUUCGAAACCUAUUCGGGAUUCAUUCCCAUCACAUUUAUGCUCGGCUUCUACGUGUCGGCAGUGUUCACUCGAUGGUGGCAAAUUUUCGAUAAUAUCGGAUGGAUUGAUACGCCUUGUUUAUGGAUUGCGCAGUACAUUCAAGGCUCAUCGGAUCGAGCUCGAUGCAUCCGCCGAAAUUGCAUUCGCUAUUGCAUUCUGACGCAGGCGAUGGUGUUUCGCGACGUCGCCGCCAGCGUCCGAAAGCGAUUUCCCACUAUGAAUCAUCUGGUGACAGCGGGGCUUAUGACCGAAAAGGAGAUGAUUGAAUUCGAUUCGAUACCAAGUCCACACGCGAAAUACUGGCAUCCGAUGCACUGGUUAUUCUCAAUGGUGAAAUUGGCGAGAGACGAAGGAAUGAUAGCGAGUGAUAUCAUCUAUGUUGAUUUGAUGGAGAAACUUCGCCAAUUUCGUGUGUGUGUCCUCAACCUCACUCUCUAUGAUUGGGUGCCGGUGCCACUCGUCUACACCCAGGUUGUCCAUCUUGGCGUACGCACAUAUUUCUUGAUUGCCCUAUUCGGACGACAGUAUUUGUCGCCGACACGAGAUAUUGGCAAGCAAACAAUCGAUCUGUACGUGCCGAUCAUGUCGAUACUGCAAUUCAUGUUUUUCAUUGGUUGGAUGAAGGUCGCUGAGGUGCUUCUGAAUCCGUUGGGCGAGGACGACGACGAUUUUGAGUGCAAUUGGAUACUCGACAGAAAUCUUCAAGUUGGAAUGACUGUGGUAGACACGGCUUAUGGCAAAUAUCCGGAUCUCGAGAAGGAUAACUUCUGGGAGGACGAGCUUCCUGAGCCGCUGUAUACGGCUGAGAGCGCGUUGAGACCAUUGAACCCGCAAAUCGGGUCCUGUGUGGAAAUGGCCACUGAAGAAGAACCAUUCAUGCUUCGACCCCGUCGGCGGACUUUGUCGAGAGUUUCCCAUUGGGACGGCGACGUCGACGAUGGCGACGUUGUUCCAGUGAAAGGCAUCAAGAAUAUCAAGGAUGGAAGCAACUAUGCGUCUGGCGAAUCGCUGGCGUUCUCGAACUCGUUCGCCAAUGGCGGUCGACGACUCAGCGAGAUGUUCAAACGAAUGCGAAACGGCAGUCGAAUUGGUGAUCGCUAUAGAAAGAAGAAUUCGUUUGCCGAGUUUGAGAGAGGCUAUCGAAACAAUAGUACCGCCGACGAUUCGAUCAGCCAAUUCGAUCAGUCGUUCAAUGAUGAGAAACAUGGCACGCCGAAUAGCGGCCGAUUGUGGAAUUCGAUGCCGCAAACGCAACUCGAAGACAUGUUUAAGCAUAUGCCUUCCAAAAGUGGUCCGAGCCACAUCAAAUAUGGUGCUGACGGUAUAAAGGAAAGGGAGAGUCACGCGGUAUCGCCGCCGCCUUCGGAUAAUUUUGAAAUUCCGCCGCAUUUGCCGAAAAGCCCAUCGUGGUACCUUGACAAUUUGCCGGUGAUCGCUGAAGAGGAAGAAGCGAAGAAGCGUGGGCACACCGAUACCGAUUCGCCGGUGUCGAGCAAAAAAUCGAUAUCGGGACGAAAGGAAUUGAGACGAUCGUCAUCGAGCGGCUCCGAGUUUCCCGUUGAGAAGUCGAGAGAACGCAAAAAGAGCACUUGA